UGGUCCCACUUAAGAAUUCUCGUAAUCCUUUUUACUAGGAAAUAAUUCAAAUACAUCCAUUCUCUAAGAAUUUCUUAAAAAAAAAAAGGGGGAUUUUGCAAGAGAAGAAAUUGCAAUUAGGCUUGUAUUCUUGUCCGCUGUAUUCAAAUAUAGACAUAUUUAGAGGAUUGCAUUAAUGGAGUCUAAUCCUCAAGGUUGGAAAUACAACUCUUAUUGCCCAAUCAAUAUAUGCCAAUAAAGGGAAAAUAUAUGGUAAUAACAAAUUUUCUUAGAUGAUAAGGUAAUUAAAAUAGAGGUUUUGUAUUUCCUGAGUUGAAUGAACCAUAUUAAGUAUGAACCAUAUUGAGAAUGAAAAGAAAAGGAAUUAUACGUUGUUGAUGACAGAUUUUAGACACGAAAAUCAAUGAUAGCCGAAAUGUGCCCUCAUGCUACAUGGUGUGCCAUGUUUUUGGGUGAGUGUUGCAAUUGUUGGGGCAUAACAAAAUAUUAAGCUUCAAUCAUGUGUAAUUGACAUAUUUUCCAUCCAACAAAUCAAAAACAAUUGAGAUGUUUUCUAAUUAUUCGAUGAAAUUGAACGGUGGAAUAUGGAAAUAUGCAUAAUAUUAAACCUAAACAAAGAAUUCACACUACUUGAAGAUACUACACGAUCAUCGUUAUAUGUUGUCAGAUAUUUUUAUGUUUCUCUAAAAAUAUACUAUCCGAUUGGAUUAGAUGAUUAAAACUGAUUUCUUUUAACAAUCCAAUAGUUUUGAAAAAUAAAAAUAAAAGUUCCAAAAUUAAAGCUUUAAAAUACAGGUCCCUUGAAAUUCUCCACUCUUGCUAAUUCUACCAUAUUUAGAAAAUUGGCAAAGCUGUAACAAUGUUAACCAGAGUUAAAAAUUAAUCAUAGUUAGGGUUUUUUACGAAAUUCCAAGCCCCCAAAAGAGAAGGCUGUGUGGUUAACAAAAUCACUUAAAUACCAGGAAAACCCACGUUUCCUUUUCAUUGUAAAAUACUAUUUUGCCUGCAUUUCCUGCGUUUUGGAAAUACCUGAAUUGUUCUAUAUUUUGAUCCGGGUGGCAUAUAAAAGACGGCAGAUUAAAAACUUCCAAGGCUUGGACAAUUGAAGGUAGCUCCUUAACCAUGCACGUGCGGGGAUCUAGAUAUGGAAUUUGACGGUUGAUAUCUUUGUUCAUGUAGUGCUGGCUUUCCUUAUGAAGAAAUAACUAAAGAAGAAAUUAGUAAGCGGUUAGAAACGGUGAGCGAAAAACUCUGAGAAUGGAAUGUAAUAAGGAUGAGGCCAUCAGGGCUAAAGAAAUUGCGGAGAAGAAGCUUAUGGAGAUGGACAUUUCUGGCGCAACAAGAUAUGCUUUGAAGGCUCAAAACUUAUAUCCUAGGCUUGAUGGUCUUCCUCAGUUGCUGGUAACUCUUGAUGUGUACACUUCUGCUGAGGAAAGAAUAAAUGGAGAGGUUGAUUGGUACAGGGUCCUUGGUGUUGAGCCCUUGGCUGAUGAUGACACAAUCCGGAAACAUUUUAGGAAACUGGCUCUUAUUCUUCACCCUGAUAAAAACAAAUCAGUUGGUGCAGAUGGGGCCUUUAAAAUACUGUCUGAGGCCUGGAGUUUGUUGUCUGACAAAGCCAAGAGAAUUGUCUAUGACCAGAAGCGAAACCUAAUGGGUACAUAUGGAAAAAUCGCAGAUUUGAAAACUUCUGUGGUAGAUGGUCAGAAUUAUUCUAAAAAUCUCUCUAAUGGUCAUAAUUUCACUUCAAAGUAUCAGAGAUCUGCUACUCAUCCCAGGCCUGCUCAGACUCCCGAGUCAUUGAAGCCCACAUUUUGGACCGUGUGUGAUUCUUGCAAGAUGCAGUUUGAGUAUCUUAGAACUUAUCUCAACUACAACCUUGUUUGCUCUAACUGCCAUAAGCCAUUUAAGGCUUUUGAGACGCCACCUCCUGCACCUCUCAAUUUUGAUGCUUCUUCUGCUUCAUGGAUUUCUUACAUGCAGCGACAUAAUUCGGGUCCGCAGAAAACGGUCAAUAACCAAUAUGCUCCAGGAAAGAUACCUACUUCUACGACAAAUGCAGGACUAGCAGGAUUUUCCUCUUCUGUCUGGUCAAAGAAAAAAUUCCAUUCAGGUGCAUUCUCUAAAUCAGGUGAUGUUGCAACUGCGCCAGCAUCAACUUCCUCUGCUGCUCACGCCCCUGGUGUUUUUCAGCCAUUAUUCAAGCAAUCAAAUGGAGUGCAUGAAGAUGCAGCAGCUGCUGCCAUGAGUGAGGAGGCUUAUCAGGGGAAAGCUCAUGCUACUAUGAAAGCAGGGACUAGUUUUGAAUCUUCCAAUGCUAAUUUCAGUGCCGUUCAGAAAGCAGACAGGCCUAAGAAAAAAAGGUGCAUGGAUAGGCCUAGGAUGGGUAAUAAAGGUAGAGAAAUGGCAGAUCAAAUGGUAAUGGAUGGAGGGUUUCACAUGGAGAGUGCAUCUAGAACUCAGAAGAGUAGCUUUGAAACAGGAAGGAUGAAUGCUGCUAGAAAACAUAGACUGAAUGUGACAAGGGAGAUUUCACCACUAGAAAUGCGAAAUAUGUUGAUGGAGAAGGCUAAGAGAGAUAUUCACAAGAAGCUUAAUGAGUGGAGAAUGGACUCUGCAUCAAAGACUUCAUACAAGUUAAAGACUUCGGAGAAGGAGAUUGGAGAGAAGAAUUCAGGAGAGAAGGCACUUGCUGUCAAUGGGGUAAAAGCUGAGAAACAUAGAGCUUUUGUGCAAAACAAAAACACAGCUAACGUUAAAAAGCCUUCCCCUGCCAAUUCUGGUAUUGAUUCUGAUACAAAAGGUGCAGAUCCAAUGUCAAUGAGUGUACCAGAUCCAGAUUUUCAUGAUUUUGACAUGGACCGUACAGAAAAGUCAUUUGGUGAUAACCAGGUUUGGGCUGCUUAUGAUAAUGAUGAUGGGAUGCCUCGUUAUUAUGCUAUGAUUCAUGGUGUGAUUUCUAGGAGACCACUAAAGAUGCGGAUUAGUUGGCUUAAUUCCAAAACCAAUGAUGAGCUGGCCCCUCUGAACUGGAUUAGCUCUGGCUUUUACAAGACUAGUGGGGAUUUCUAUGUUGGCAAGCAUGAGAUCAAUCGCUCUCUUAAUUCUUUCUCGCAUAAGGUUAAGUGGAAAAAGGGCACAAGAGGUUCCAUUCAAAUAUAUCCUAUGAAGGGAGAUGUUUGGGCUCUUUAUAGGAACUGGUCACCUGAUUGGAAUGAGUUUACCCCAGACGAAGUGAUACACAAAUAUGACAUGGUGGAAGUGCUUGAAGAUUACAGUGAGGGAGGUGUGACUGUUGUUCCGCUUGUUAAAGUUGCUGGAUUCAGGGCAGUUUUCCACCGUAAUUUGGACCCAAGUAGAAUCAGGAGAACAAUCCCAAGAGAAGAAAUGUUUCGGUUCUCACACCAAGUCCCUUCUUACUUGCUUACAGGCGAAGAGGGUCCUAAUGCCCCUAAAGGUUGCCGGGAGCUUGAUCCAGCAGCUACACCUUUGGAACUUCUUCAUGUAGCAAUGAAUGCUCAGGACAAAGAGAUGACUGGAAUUGCUGACAAAGCUACGGAAGAAGAUAUAUUAGGGUGCAUGGGAAAACCCAAGGAAGAAGAGCUGGUGAAUAUUGGCAAACCAACCGAGGAAAAAGGUCUGGUAGAAGAUAUCAAAAGAAAAGUUGUGGCAGACGUGAUAAUGAAGGGAAAUGGGACGAAGGCAGAAAAGAUACUAGUAUAUAAUCGGAGACGGUUAAGAGAAAGAUAAAAUGGUGGAAAGUGCGAAGUGAAUACCAAAAGUUAUGGCACUGGACGGCAGGGAUUCUGUUUUUACUCUAGUGGGCAAGAAAAUGGCAGAAACUAGUUUUGAAAACUUACAAGUUUAGGCUUUUCAUUUCAACCCAAAUUGAUUUCGGUUUGAAGUUUGCUUUUCAUUUUGUCAUCUUUUCGGCAAUUAAUCUGAAGACUAAUGGUGACUCAUUAUACUGAUACCAAUUCAGCAGCUUCGAUUUUUGUUGGAUACUUUGGUGGAACCACAGUUUUGUUUGAGGUUUUAGGAGGCCCUCAAGAUUAAUUCAGCUUUACCAUAACGUGAAGGGAAGGCCAGUUUACAUGAUAUGCAUGAUUUCUGAAGGUGAUCAUUCAAUAUCUCCAAUAGGCUGCAAAAGCGGAUUUUUAUAAUUUCAUUUUAUUACCCUCCAAAAUGCAUAAUUCUUUCUUUAAAGCUAGUCAAAUUUGUGUACCAUGAACUUAUAUUUUUAUGGAUACACCUCUUUAUUCCUUCCAA